AUGUUGGGAGAUUUCAUAAACAGAUGCCUCUUGUUGUUUUUUGGGUAUGCAUACCCGGCAUUUGAAUGCUUCAAGUCGGCCGAGAAGAACAAAAUCAACAUGGAAGAAGUCAUAUUUUGGUGUCAGUAUUGGAUCAUUGUUGCACUAAUAACGGUUUUUGAAAGGUUUGGUGACUUUUUCUUGUCUUGGUUACCGUUCUAUGGAGAGGCCAAGUUGGGAUUUUUCAUUUGGUUAUGGUAUCCCAAAACCAAGGGGACUUGCUUCAUGUACAACAACUUCUUAAAGCCAUAUGUGGCAAAGCAUGAGACCGAGAUAGAUAGAAAGUUGCAAGAAGUUAGAGCAAGAGUUUGGGAUUUCACCAUAUACUACUGGCAGAAUUGCGCCAAGUUGGGGCAAUCAACUAUCUUCCAAGUUCUGGAGCAGUUAGCUACUCAAUCUGUAAGGUUUGGCAAUGCUACUGCCACCAAGCAAACUCAAAAGAAAACUGGUAGCACUGUACCAGUCGCCCCGCCACCGCCAGAAUCUCCAUCAGCGAGAAGGAGCGGAAGUGGGCGGUGGACACCCAGAGCCGCAAGCAGAUUGAACCGAGAGUCAGGAGCUGCUGAUUCACCAAGAUUCCAGAGGCAACUCAAUGGUGAGAUGAUGGAUGGAGACAAUGAUGAUCUCCAGCAGGCCAAGAUGAGGCUCCGACGAUCAACACCGAUUUCAUAA